AUUAGCUUCUUUUCACCAGAGAACCGAGCGUAAAAGCCCUAGGGCUAGUAGCACUGGUAAUAUGCCUGCUAUAUAUAGUCUACCCAUCUAUCGAAGUCGGUCUGUUAUGAUAUAAACCAAGGAUCAAUCGAAACGGAUUAAUCACUUCGUCUCCCCAAAUUCUACAUACCAAUCAACCCUGAUUAGAUUAAUAAAAGGAAAACCAAUUUAAACAUGUCAAAUAUAUCAUCAUCCUCAUCACCGGUAGCUAUGAAAGACGUGGUACACAAGCUACAACUAUGUCUGUUAGAAGGUAUCAAAUCUGAAACCCAGUUAUUCGUAGCUGGAUCUUUGCUCUCCAAGUCGGAUUAUCACGACGUUGUGACCGAAAGAUCAAUUGCUCAAAUGUGUGGUUACCCGCUUUGCCCCAACUCAUUACCCUCUCCGGGAGAAGCUGCAGUUAAGGGCAGAUAUCAUAUUUCUCUGAAAGAGCACAAGGUUUACGACCUUUUAGAAAUGCGUAUGUACUGUUCGACAAAAUGCGUAGUUGACAGCCGGGCAUAUGCUGAAAGUUUGCAGGAUGAACGGUCCUUGGUUAUUGAUACAGCGAAAAUCAAUAAGGUGGUGAGGCUGUUUGACGGUUUGAGUGUGAAGGCUGAAGAGGGUUUGGGGGACAGUGGUGAUUUUGGAUUGCGUAACUUGUCAAUUAAGGAGAAGGAAGAUGGAGCUGUUGGUGGCGGAAUCGUGUCUUUGGAGGAAUGGAUUGGCCCUUCAAAUGCAAUCGAGGGUUAUAUUCCACAACAUGAACGCAGUUCAAAAAAUAAACCGGGGAGGCCGAAAAGGGAAGAAGAGAGCAUCUUUGGCGAGAUGGAUUUCAUGAGUACCAUAAUUACUCAAGAUGAUGGAUAUAGCAUAUCUAAAGGAAAAGGAGCUGAAACAAAAACUAGUAGUAGUAUUAGUAGAAAGAAAAUGAGCCAUAAUAAUAAUAAUAAUAAUAAAGAUAAGAUGAAAACAUCAUCAUCAUCAUCAUCAUCAUGUAAUGUGCAAAAGAAAAAGGUUACUACAUCAAAUGAUGAAGAGAGUGAAAAUGGUAACAAGGCAAAGAUUGGUUCCUCUGAGCCAAGUUGUAGUGUCGGGGGGCUUAAAUCAUCUCUGAAAUCCUCAAGUAGGACAAAUCGGUCUGUGAGUUGGGCUGAUGAUCAAACACUGUGUGAAUACAGUGGAAAUGAUCCUGAUCCUGAGCAUGAGCAUACAUUCCGAGUUGCAUCAGCAGAAGCCUGUGCUGCAGCACUGAGCCAAGCUGCAGAAGCCGUUGCUUCCGGGGAAUCUGAUGCUCCUGAUGCUGUUUCUGAAGCUGGAAUUGUAAUCCUGCCACCUCCUGGUGAUGGUGCAGAAGCAGAAGCAGAAGCAGAACCAGCCCGAUUGAAAUGGCCCAAAAAAACCGGUAUCACAGAGUCCGACUUCUUCGAUUCCUUUGAGGAUUCUUGGUUUGAUGCUCCACCAGAGGAAUUUGUCCUAGAUCUAUCACCAUUUGCAAGAAUGUUCAUGUCUUUGUUUGCAUGGGUUUCCUCAUCUACUUUGGCGUAUGUAUAUGGAUAUGGAGGUGAUGAUAGUUGUUAUGCAUGGGUUAAUGGGCGGGAGUAUCCGCGGAUAGUUGUAUUGGCAGACGGCCGGUCUGCUGAAAUCAAGACAACUCUCGCAGGCUGUCUUUCUCGAGCUUUGCCUGGACUUGUUCGUCAUCUCAGACUUCCCACUCCUGUUUCUACUAUUGAAUCCAUGAUGGGUUGUUUACUGGACACCAUGUCUUUUAUUGAUGCACUUCCACCUCUCAGAAUGAAACAAUGGCAGGUGUUUGUUCUUUUGUUUGUUGAUGCUCUUUCUGUCUCCCGGAUUCCUGCCAUGACCCCACACUUGACAAAUAAAAGAAGGUUCUUUCAAAAGGUGUUUGAUGAUGCUCAGAUAAGUAGCGAGGAAUAUGAGUUGUUAAAGGAUUUGAUCAUUCCGCUAGGACGAGCCCCUCAAUUGGCUACACAAAGUGGAGGCUGAUUCUUCCUUUCCUUUCUGUUGAUGAUAUGUUUCUCAUCCAAAUUUUCUUUCUCUUCAAGCAUGUGUUUGUUUGAUGAUAUGCUCAAAUCACUAAUAUGCGUUAUUUAAUUUACAUGUUUUUACCUAUGUAGUCAUCAAAAAUCGUAUUAAUUGAAAGCUUAAAUUG